UGUCCCUCUAUUUUUGGGUAACUGCAAGUUUAUUACUUGGGUUUGUUCACUAGUGUGUGUGUGUGUGUGUUUGUUUGUUUGCCAAAUUACAUACAUUGAUUUUCCUUUUGAGACGAUACAUUGAUUUGUUUAUACCAUGCCUUUCGUUUGUUCGUUUUUUGCACGUUUGCAGAAUUUUGGUUUGUUUAUUUGUUUAUUAAAGUAAGAGAACGCCCAAAGAACUGUGGAUAGCUCAUCUGACUUUGGUGGAAAACUGUGGAUAGCCUUUUUUAUCCGUUUGAUCAGAAUACUUGCACUUCACCUAGAUGGUGAAAUUUAUGAAGUUCAUUGAAUCUCUUUUUGUCUAUGAAUUAUGAGGGGAAUUGGGGUGAAAUAGCAGUGGUUUUGCUGUUGUGAGCUGUUCGUUUGUUGGAACUGAAUUCCAUUAUAAAUGGGGCGGCCAGGAUUGAGGAGCUGUGGUGUCUCGGCGGAGUAUUUGUGUGAACAACCGAAAUUAGAUAUUAGUGAUAAUAUUCGUCUAGUGCAACAUAUUUCAAGAUCACAGAAUGUUGAUGAAAAUUAUGCCGAGUUUUUAAAGUUUCUCUACAACUAUGAUAUAAAUUCUCAGUCAUACACAAAUGAACAUGGACAUGAUGGCAGUGCUGAUGUGGUUGGGGAUGAAGCUGACCCGCAGUACCAGAUAUUUUUGGCUAAUGCUAAGCCAGAUGGAAAGUCAUAUGUGCUUAAAGUUGAUUCAGAGGAUGGCGUUCCUGUGCUCAUAAAGUAUGAAAACGAGUGUGGGUGUAAUCAUGGGUGUGAAUGUUUGCAUCGGAAAAAACAGAAGGAUAUGGAGAUGCAAAAGGAUCCCGUGGAUGAGAAAAAUUUGCUCAGUAGCAUAAAAUCCUUGGGAGACGUGGAUGCAAUAUUUGAGCCUGUCGAUCCUAUUUCUAAGAGGAAACUUGGGAUUGUGAGCCGGAAGCGUAGCACGGAAAAACAGGGUGCGUCCAAGCGUCAGGGCAAGUCGGAGACUAAGAUAAGGUCAGGUGAGGAGAAGAUGAUGGAAAAAGGGAGUAAAUCAGUUAAUGUCACAGGCAAAGAAGAAGCAUCUGAUGUAGAGGAAGAUUAUAGGUUAAUCCUGGAAAAUCUUCAAUGUAAGAAUUGGGGCUUGAAAGCCUUGUUAAGAAGCGGUACCGUUAUUGAAUAUGAAGCCGUGGAAGAUGACGUCGAAAUCCUUUACAACAAUAGUGGUACACUCAACAAGAUAAAUGUGCGGUCUAAGUUCAGGCAGAAAGUCAUGGAUCUUCUGAAGAAGCCUUACGAUCAAAAUGAGUAUGAAGAACUAUGGAGUGAUGUUAAUGCUAAAAAACCAGUGCUAAAGCAUAUGGACUUGCGUAAUGGGAAAGUGAAAUUUUAUGGGACACAGAAAAUGGGAAAGUCAUAUCUGGAUCACCAUGAAGACCUUCAAAAAAGACUUAAAGAAGUUGAUAAUGAUAAUAGGAAAAAGUUGAAGAUCUUGCGUGGCUUUUUCUUUUGGUUACAGAAUCUCACCCACAAGGAAUCAUUCAUACCUUGGAAAGACGCUGAGUUUCUUUCUCGGGCAGCUGAGUCCAGCUAGAAGUGAUGCACCUGCAGUCUUACUUUUUUGCAACUAACCACACGAAGACAUCCACUGAAACAUGUCUAUGAAGUAUGUCAUGGUGAAGACUGGAAUUAGCACUGCAUUUUAUACAUGGAAGCAAGCCUAGCAGUGGAACAUCUUGUGAAUUCUCGGCAUGGCUUUGGAAUUUUUUUUUGUGAUCUUCUAAGUUCUCGCUCCCGCCCCUUCCCCCAAGGCCCUGGGGAUUUUUGUACGUCGGAUGUAAAAGGAGUUGAUGUCAAUAUGCAUGCAAAAGCAAGAUCCACAUGCAGAUUUUAGCUUUUUAUUUGGACUAUCAGAAUUGUCCUAUUUCCUUUGUAAGGUGCAAAGGAGAACAGCGGGAGUGAGGUUUGUAGGGAAAAAUAAGGCCACUAAUAAAGGCAUAUUCAGGAUUUGAAGUU